AGCCUGGAUCAUGUGACCACAAAAUGGUGGAAGCUGUGAGCUGUUUGUAAGCUGAGCAUCUCCACCGAGAGGGCUGGAAGCAGGAAAUAGGCAGUGAUCCUGGAAGUACAUCCAUGAUCUGAGACUAAAACCAGGACAGACAACCCCAAGCCCCAGCAGUGCGGUGAGUAAAUCGAUGCUUUUCUUUUCAGUGGAGAUCAAAAGAAAAGAAAGAGGGGGUUCUUGUGUGUUUUUUUUCCUUACAGCUAGCAGACAGGAAGCGAGGGAGAAGGAGGGGCUGCUGUCAUCAGCACUGUGGUCCUGUGUUGUGCUGUGGAUGUGGAUGGAGGAUGCUCUAAACAGCUGAUGCUCAUUUUUUAGUGUGUGUGUUAUUACUGGGUAUUGUUAGGCACAAGUGUGUGUGCAUACUGUGCAUGUUUCUGUAUAUCGUCAUCAUGACAGUCAUCUCCACUGUACAGAGAUCAGUGUUUUUUUCUUUUCUUUUCCUGCUACAUCUUCCUCAUUCCUGGCUGAGUGUGCAGACAAUGAACGAGGAUGUUCCUUUCCUAGUGAGCACACGUGACUCACUGUGAAUUUGCAUCUCUGCCCAAUCUGUGCUCAGGCGAGCGUGCACUCAUUCGCUUUGAAUCAGCACUAGAAAAAGAGACAGCAAAAGGGGGGGAGAGAGCUUGUUAUGAUGUAACAAACCCUACCCUCACCCUCCUCCCUUUCCCUUUUCCCUCUGUGCCCACCCCUCAGCAUCCCUGCCUCCCCCCUCUUUCAGUUUGAAUGGAAGGAUUACUCAAAGAGGAAGAUGACCCUUAACCUCCAAAUCUUUCUCACUUCUCUCAUCCCUCCUCCUCCCUUCUCCCUUCACCUCCUCAUCCCUUUUGUCUUUCCAUCCCCUAUGUUCUUUGAUUACGUAGGAGAUCUGUCUAAAAAUAGACACAAUGGAUGUAUUGAUUUUGUGAAAUCAAUAUACAAUCUUCUGCCACAUGCUGGAGUUUGGGAGCUUUGUUUUCUUGCUUUGUUGUAAUACUGGGUUUUUAAGGCGUCUACCAAAUAUGUAAAAAAUCUAAAAGAAAAAUCAGCUGAAGGAAAAUAUUCAAGAGAUAAGAUUCACAUGAAAUCCAACAAUAAACAGGUGCAUAACUUGUCAGUUUUCGUAGAUGCAAUGUUGUUUUUGAAAUGAACUUAAACCCAAUCGGUCUCCUCCCUCACAGUUUGUUGUGUUACUUGGGUGUCCUUAUUUGCACUUCUCAUUUAGAGGUUGCCUCAUCCAACCUUAGAGGCGGGCCCACUGAAAAAUGAGGAAGUUCAGGUCGAAGAUGAAGCCAUCUGAUGAGUUUUACACCAAGAAGGAAACUCUUUACAAACAACACUUGGGGAACUUUUUGUAUCGAUGUCUAAAUGACCAUAUCACAAUUGAACCGUAGGGUGAAUCUUGAAAACUGGUAAAGUGGCCACUGAACAAUAUCUUGGACUGUAUAACUGAUGAUGAAAUAUUGAUGCAACUAAAAUGCAAAGUCAAUCAGCAAAAGUGGUCUCUGGUGCCAACACAUCAGAAAUAAGCUUGAACUGACUAAUUUACUGUCUGUUUAAAUUAGUUUUGACUCUAAAAUGUUGAAAAAAGAGAAAGGUUGAUAGAGUAGGAAGCUGGAUUUGAUAGUAGGGAGUGAAAUGCAGACUGGGGCCACAGGUGGGAAUCAAACCUGGGCCAUCAAGGGCUGCCAGCUCUGUUGUAAAUCCUAAAAAAACAGAUAGACAUAGUCCCCAUGACUUCACUCGAUGGUCUCUGGAGAAGUUGCUAACUCAACCUGACAGUUACCUCAACUAUGCCUCUGAUUCUACAAAUUCCUGUCUAUUUCUUACCCUUCACUUUAUUUAACUGAUGACUAUUAUAAAAUUUACACCCCAUACAGUGUAAACCCUAAACUAGUGUUUGAACCCCUUGAUGCCACUGUAAAAUAGACAUUUGAACACGGUAGUGAUGUGCGCAGCAGUUCUUUUAGAUGUACUGAAUCACUAGAAUCAGUUCACUAAAAAGAUUCGUUCAAAAGAUUCGUUCACCAAAUCACUGAAUCAUUUAGCACUUUGUGGGAGAAGCCUGUGACUCCGGCCUCCUGCACUGAUACAAAGCUGAGCGGUUCAGGAUUCAGUUCAGUUCAGAGCUUCUUGGACUGGGAGAUGAGAGAUCAUGUUGUUUAAAGUGUACUGUCCUAUAGUAUGCUAUUUACCCGGUCUGCUCGGUAAAUUGGGGUCAGUGAAUGACUUGUUCACUUAAGGGUUAGAAAAAUUCACACUGAUUCCAGAGAGUGUAGUUCAAUGCGUGGUUCGUUCAUUAAGUGAUUCAGGCGUCGAUGCAUGUAGUCCCUCAUCUGCUGGCUGCUAGCCUGGCAAUGCUGUCUCUCACUUCAGCUCAACUAAUGUGAGAAACGAACGAAUCACUCGUUUAGGUGAUUCGUUUAAGUACGUUCACUUAAAAUAUUCAGUUCUUUUGAACGAAUUGUUCGCGAAUGACACAACACUAGAACACGGGCCCUAACCAGGUCUCUUUGACUUUUUGACCCAGCUUUGAGUGGCCACUAAAAGGCUGUGGCUACCCGAUCCGUCCCAGAAACACGAUUUGUACUGCGCAGGUGCGAAACGGACAUCACUUCCUCUACUAGCCAUCUUUGUGACAGCUCAGCAAAUCUUUGCUCCUAGCGGUUUGCGACAGCUUUGAAACUUGUUCGGCAGCCUCAGCAGCAUCAAGCCCGCUUCAGAAUGGAGGCGUCAAUUUAUCAACAGCUACGUCUUUCUCCUGAACGGAGUGCUUCCCUCUUGACCCUUCAAUUUCAAUUGAGGCACACUCCACAGCUGCGAGUGUAACUUCAUUACGAGUGACACUCGAUAGUGAAGGCCGAGUGUGUAGGGGGCGGUUUGGGAUUGGGACGCGGACUACACAGACUGCCGCAAAAUGCAUUGAAAUACGAAGAGAAGAAGUGACGUCCGUUUUGCACAUGUGCAGCACAAAUCGUGUUUCCGGGACUGAUCGGGUAGCCACAAGAGCUUUAAUAUUUGCAUCCAUACUAGCUUCACUUUUCAGCCCCAGGUUUUUUCUUAGUAACUUUAUGCACUAAAUGUCCCUUAAGGAGAACGUUUGUGACUUAUUUUCAGAAAAACUUAACAUUCAGUCAAUCUUUAAUUAUAAAUCUCCCAAUAACAACUAAUGUUAUUCCAAGAUGCUUCACUAAAAUAGCUGGUCUAGGCCGUACCUCUCUUACAUUUAUGACAGUACAACAUCCAGAUAGGACAAGGUUAAAUCUUAUCUUGUAACUUCAGACCCACUCUUAACCUAAAUGCAGCAUUUCGUAAGUUACAGUGGCAAGUAAAGACUUUCUUCAAUAGGCAGAAACCUUCAACAGAACUAGACUCAUGUUGGACAGUCAUCUACAACAACAACAACAACAACAACAACAACAAAGUGUUUUAAGUGGCAAAAAUAACAGAAAAAUAUAUGAGCUUUUUACAGGGAUAGCAUGUUAACAAUAAUCUACUGAUCUCAAUUUAAGGUAACUUAAGUCAGCAGGUUUAUAGUAGCAGCAUAGCAUGUAUGAUAAUGAAGUUAAAUAAUGGGGACUGGAGUGAUCAAUUGAAACAGAAAGAGUCAAAAUCUCCACGAUAAACAUGAACUUUGUCACUGGGACAAAAAUGCUGAGACUGAUGCCAAUGGUUAAGACUUUAUUUUUUAUUGAACUGUUAUCAGAAGAGGAAACAAGUGGCAUAAAUUUGAAGUAUACCAAACAUGAAGCCAAGUAGCUGUGCAAAUGUACUCAAUAAUCCUCCAUUAUUGGUGGUUAUGAAGUUUGGCAUUGACUGUAGUUUUUUAUUUUUAUUUUUUAGAAUGUAACUUUUUUUUAUAGAUUCACUUUGGGGUUUUCAAAUCAUUAAAUGUUGAGGGCUCACAGACGGUGCACUCCACAAUAAUCAGUAUACCCUCCAGGUUUGUUGUAGUAUCACAAGAGCCAAUUUAAUAACUGUAAUUAUCCUCUCACAGGUCCUCCAGGGGAUGGACCUGGCAUCAGAGAGCAAAAUGAACUCUGAGGGGGGCGAAGGCAGACCAGGUGUGCACGAGACAAACAGUACAUGGAUUCAAAACAGACAGUCAUCCAAAAAGAGAAAUUUCAGUUCACAGGUUUGACUUUAAAUAUCUGAAAGUUUCUGAAUCACUUUUUGUUCAUGUGUUUAAUUUGUUUUGCAGUCCCUCCUACGUCUCUACCCCUACAAGGAGGUGCCACCCAGAGAAAAAAGCUAUCUGCUCCCCGCAUCAGCCUGUCACUGGACCAGAGCGAGGACGACUUAGGGGAGACACCAGAUGAUCUUGACAUUAAUGUGGACGAUCUGGACACGCCAGAUGAAGGGGAUUAUUUGGACUACACAGACCAUGAAAUGGACUGGGAAGGUGGGUCACUGUACAGUAUGUGUCCUGAAUCAUCAAAAUGCUGAAGGACAUUUUGAUGUGUCAGAGGAGGAAAACCUCUUGUAAACGAUCAAGUUAAUGAUGGUUGAAUAACAGUCAGCUGUUUUUACUAUCAGGAUCCUGGUCUUGUGUAAGAUAGGUCCACUGGGACUUCUGGACAGGACAGAAACAUAGUUUAUGCCUGUCGUACUGUGACAAAUCAAAAAAUGAGGAAAGGUUGUAAUAGAGGUUUUUUGUCUCUUAUAUUAGACCCCAAUGCAGCCAGUAGGAGUGGAACAAAUGAGCCGUACGAUCCCAUCCCAACAUACAGCGCUGAAGAGGAACGUCAGGAUGGCAAACUAUGGAGGGCGGUCGUCAUUGGGGAGCAGGAGCACCGCAUCAACAUGAAGGUCAUCGAGCCAUACAUGAGAGUCAUCUCCCACGGAGGUGACUAUUUGGAAUAUUACUUGUAAAUAUAUGCAAAAGCUCUGCCUAAAAUCAAUCCUCACUUGUUUUUCAGCCAUAAACCCUGGUAAUAGUGUUGUGUUGUUCGCGAACGAUUCGUUCAAAAGUUCUGAAUCAUUUAAGUGAACAUACUAAACCAAAUCACUUCCUCAAGAGAUUCCUUCAUUUCUCACUUCAGUUGAGCUGUCAGCAUCAAAGCUGCCAUAGCACGCAGCAUUGUCAGGUGAGCAGCCGGCGAACGAGGGACUGCUUGCACUAACACCUGAAUCACUUUGUAAAUGAAUCACGCAUUGAACUACACUCUCUGGAAUCAUUUUUGUCGGACAAAACAAACAUUUUUUUUUUUUACUGCUAAAUUGCCACCAGAAAAACUUCCAUACAAUAAGACACAGCAUGUAACAAGUACUGCAGAAAAACCACAGCAUCCUAUCCUUGCAGCUGUUUGCAAGGGAACGGUCCAUGUUCAGUGUGAAUUCUUCUAAAUGUUCAAUGAACGAAUCACUCACUGAGCCCAAUUUACUGAGCAGAGCGGAUAAAUAGACAAGUUCAUAUUUAUGAACCUGUUUGCCAAAGCAACACAGCCACAACACUCCUGUCUCCCGGUCCCAGAAGCUAUGAAUUGAACUGUAUCCUGAACAGUUCAGCUGUGUAUCAGUUCAGGAGGUUGGAGUCGCAGGCUCCUCCUGUCAACAGCUGAAUGAUUCUGUGAUUUGGUGAACGAAUCUUUUGAACGAAUCUUUUUAGUGAACUGAUUCUAGUGGUUCAGUACAUCUAAAAGAACUGCUGUGCCCAUCACUACCUAGUAAACUAUACAAUGAUUCCCAUUUUCAUUUUUGAGCUUACGCCACUUUGCAGCUGACGAGGCGUCAGAGUGAUGUCUCGUUUUGAAAACGCUGCCUCUUACUUUGAGGACCAUCAGUCAGUCAAAAAAAUUAGGCUGUACAUGAGACCACUCGAUCAGUUUAACAUCAUCCAGCUGCCAUUUGAGAGAACUCUUUGCAAACUAAACACACUGGAAAUAUUUAUGUCAAAAUUUCAAAUCCUCUCAUCCCCUUCACGUGGCCUCACCCAAAAGUAAUUGGAUUCAAGUUGAAAGUUGGCAAAGUAGCCACUUGAUAGUAGUAUAUUUCAAUCAAAUGGAGAGCUGCCACUGCUGUAUAAAAAGCUCCCCCAAAGGAGAGUCGAAGACAAGUUGUACUUCAUAAAAAGAACAAAUAGCCUAAGCACAGAUAUCAACCAUACUGGCACGGCAACCUUUUUCCUCUGACUAUCUAUCCAGGAUGGGAAGCUUAGAUGCUGCUAAAUUAAACUGCCAUGUCUCAAGUUGUGAGCAAGUUUCAGUAAAAUAUAUCAGUUGAGUAAUUUUUAUAUGACCAAUUCUUUGAUUUUCAAGAAACAAAAGAGAACAAUAGCCUGGUGUCCUAAUGGAUUUUUAAUAUCAGUUUCCCUCCAAGUUUCCAUUUAAUGCACAAGGAGGUUAGUGUUAAUUAUGCAGCUGCUACUAAGUUUGAUUUUAAAAUGUCGUCUACAGUGUAAAACUUGGGUUGUAUAAUGAAAUGAUAUUUGCUCAACCAAAGCAGAGAAAAUCCCUCAAAUGUCUGGUAAAAGUUAAAACCCCAAUUAUAUCAAUUAUAAAAAUUAGAGCUGCAAACACAUCAGAAGAUAAAAAAGCAAUUAUUGAAGUGUCCUCAUUUGUCAAAAAAAUUCAUCAGUUAACUUAUUUUAGUACUUCAGAACAACAAAUAAACUGAGUUUAUUUUUGAGUCAUAUUUAUUUCUCAAUAACAGGAAGCAUAAACUGCAGCAGGACAGAGGUUUUUAAUUGAGUUCAGUAUUUGAAUGCAGCAUAUUGGUUUCACAGAUAGGGGCCCAUCUACUUUUCCCUUCCCUCUCUGUGGGGCCCCUCCUAGUCUCCAGGAUCACAGGCUGCACCCAGGUAAACUUGUGUCCUAUUAAAGCACUGACCAUACGACCAUCAUAAGUGGAAAUUGGACCCCUUUACCUGGCAGGCAGUAUUUUUCACCCCAUUGGCCCUGGGCCUCAGUGAAACGCAGCUGUCCCAUGGAAACAGAGAUGUCUCUUGCAACAGAACCAAUAUCACCAUCUGUACCGUUUAGAUAAAAGACCCUCUGUUUGAGUGACACCAAAUCUGGUAAUGGAUGGGCCAGUGGAUAAAAAGAAAUUACAUUAUUCUAAAUGAUAGUGCCAGGAAACAGGAUGGAGAGAGACGACCAGACAAAGGGACACAGAUUGGCUGAUAAAAUGAACAAAAAGGAAGAAAAUAAGAGAGCAAUCAAGUUAUGAAAACUAUGCUAAUGAAGGCCAUGAAGUGCUCAGCAACAAUGGAACAAGGUCAAAUAUCUCUCAUUACUUUCUUUUUUCUGUGUUUUUAUCAAGGCUACUAUGGCAACGGAGUGAAUGCCAUCAUAGUGUUUGCCGCCUGUUUCCUACCAGACAGUGACAGAGAGGACUACCAUGAAAUAAUGGAGAAUCUUUUCCUGUAAGUAAUGAUAGACGCUCUCUAUAUAAGUCAUUUAGUGCUUCAAAAUUAAAAUACUUACUUUUUAAUGCUGCAGAAAAUGGCAACAAUUAUUCAUAAGCAGUAAUAUAUUGAAGUUGCCAGGUUGGUUGUUUUUAAGUCUUAUUUUGAAGUUCUUAAGUCCGUAUGGUAAUAUUGGAUACCAUGCAAAUACCUAGAUACCUGCAAAUGAGCAAAAGACAUGCAAAAUGAGGACACUGAACUUGAAAGCUUAACAUUAGCAUCAUUAUGUACUAAAGCGUAAGCCAGUGUCGCCACCAUAUUGGAUGGGUCUCCUCACUUUGGGCUUGCUCUAGAUCCAACAGAAUCAAUAGAGAACGAGCACCUACAACUGUAUUUUGUACACCCUACGGUUGAAGAAAGCAAUGCCCGUAGAAUUACAAUUUCCAAGUAAGAUCGAAAAACAAUUUUGGUUAUUUGUAAUGUGUGACAGCAUCCUGUGUCAUAGCUACAUCUCUGCCGUUUUUAACAAACCAAAGCAUGUGAAAAUCGGGCAAAAUUAGGAGAUUCAUGAUUAAUAUGGUUGGGCAUUCCUACCUGCCUCGAUAGAAAAUAAAGGGACUGAGGCGCAUGGGAGACCCAUUCAAGAUGGCGGCGUGAGCUCCAAUAGAGUGUAACAGCAUCAACGUCAGCACGGGGGGCGUGGUGCAUAAUGUCCUAAUUUCAUUCAUUCCAAUGCGCUUAGUGUUGUUAUGUCUGUCAAAAUGACGCUGCUACACUUUAUGGACUCCGUCAGUCAAUGAGACGGCUAUGUAUACUAUGCUUAUGAGUGUGAGAAUGUUAGCAUGCUAAUGUUGAGCUCAUCCUGAGGGACCUUGUUACAAAUGUUAGAUGUCAAAGAGGUUACCCAGUGCUGUAAAUGAGCUCUGGCCUAUUUAAGAAAAGAAACUUUGAUAAAGUGAUAGGAAAAAUAGUCCGGCCUGUUUGAGAGACCUCCCAUGCGGAUAUCUCCACUGUUGCGCUGGCACAGUUGCAUUUCAUGUUUGGACAUCCCACAGGCUGUUCUGUGAAAGAUAUUGAGUAAGCUGCCAUAUCUGAGAGUUUUGGAUUGAAAUGAAAGGAGGUAAGCCGUAGAGUCUGCGGUCUCUGAUGCCAAAUGGCUUUAGGUCUGAAUCCUUGCGAGGAGGAGUUAACUAUAGCUGGAUGGUCAAACGGCAUGCAUGCUUGAUGGUGGUGGGGGACGAUCACCACAGUCACGAAACAGAGUGGAUCUCCGGUGUUGAUUUUAAAGCCAAGAGUGACAUUGAAUUGAGAGAAAAGGAGAGUCAAACUGAGCUCAAAGUCGCUGCACUCUGAGGAGUUAAUGAACAAAACUGCAAGGACUGUGUUAGCCAAGGAUUUCAACUCUAUUUUCAAAGCAGGCCACAAAGUUCCCCGCUGUGUGAGAAGAAGGAGAAAAUUUGGAGGAUUGUGAAGAGAAAUGAGAAAGAGAUAAAGGUUUCUUUUGGUUUGAAUCAGAGUUUUGUAUUUUAGAAAAUUGGAAUUUGAUUGAGGGGCUGAGGUUGAUGCAGGGAAGGGAAAGAAGAGAAGUUCAAAGCAAAACAUCUUUUCCACGGAGCAGCAGCUUUACCAGUUUUUUACAUCAUAGGAACAGGUUUUGAAAAACAGGCCUAUCUCUAUCAUUUCCUUGUUCUGUUGGCUGUCAGAUUAAGGACACAUGGUUCUGCAAUUCUUGCCCUCCCAUUUCACCAACUUGGUAUCAGAAGACAGAUUUUUUUUCACUCCUUAUCAGAUAUGUACCCGCAUGAAAGACUUCUUACAAACCAACUUAGGUGACGAAGAAGUCACAUUAGUUUUGACCUAUCCUAAAAACAAUCAGCUGUUUAUCAAGCUGAUCAGGAAAGUAGGAUUUAAAUAACGUUUGUUAUUUGUUGUGCUUUGUUUGAGUACAUUUGUCAUGCAUACAUUUGUAACUUCAAGCUCCAGUAAGGAACUUUUGUUUUGUGUCAAUUUUGGCCCCCUGUGGACAAAAGAGUCUUCACUUACUGUAUUUUUGGCACUAUAAGGCGCACCUGACUAUAAGGUGCACCAUCAAUGAAUGCGUCUAUUCGCGUCUAUUUUCAUACAUAAGGUGCACUGGAUUAUAAAGCCAAUAAGCCAAGCAAAACAGUCAUAUAAGUCAAACUUUGUUGAACCCAUUCAAUAACUCUGUGAGGCUACAGUAGCUGCAGUGCUCCGACAAGCCAAAAGGAUUUUAGGUGUACCUUAUAGUGCCAAAAAUACAGUAUCUUAAAAACAAUCAGCUGUUUAUCAAGUUGAUCAGGAAAGUAGGAUUUGAUUAAUGUUCGCCAUUUCUUUUGAUGUGUUUGAGUACAUUUGUCAUGCACACAUUUGCAACUUCAAGCUCCAGUAAGGAACUUUAGUUUUGUGUCAAUUUUGGCGCCCCCUGUGGACAAAAGAGUCUUCACCUAUGUUAUGCUACAAAUAGAUGGUGCAACACUGUGAAUUCUGGGGUAAAAUGAUUCUCUCAAGCACUUUCUUUGGAAAGAAGUAUGAAAAAAGUGUAUAUUUAUUUGUUUGUUGUGUGUUUUUUCUCAGCUACGUGAUUAGCACAUUGGAGCUGAUGGUGGCAGAGGACUACAUGAUUGUGUAUCUGAAUGGAGCCACACCUCACAGAAGAAUGCCCGGCCUUGGCUGGCUGAAGAAAUGCUAUCAAAUGAUCGACAGAAGGUCUUUUCCUCUUUUAAUUCUUACUGUUUGCUGUAUUUCAGAAACUCUCACCUAAAUGAAAAGUGGAAACAAGUUAGGACAUGGACAGUAAUUCACCUCACCUAACUUAUGUUAUUAUGUGUUGUCUUUAGGCUCAGGAAGAAUUUAAAGUCGUUCAUUAUUCUGCAUCCGUCAUGGUUCAUCAGGACCAUUCUUGCCAUCACCAAGCCUUUCAUCAGGUAAACAAUAACUAUUUCUUUUAAAUCUCUCAACAGUCUUAACUUUGUCAAGUGUAUAUUAACAAAUGUUUUCGAGCUAAAAUGCUAUCAUAAAAUUAUGAAUGCAGAGAACAUUACUUCUGAGCAUUUGCAUUAUGUUUUUGUUCUUGUAUUUGCUUCUGAUUUGCUUUCGUGUAAAGCUAAAAGCACCCUGACAAUGACUACAGCCCGGCCUCAGUCCAGCCUAAUCAAGCUGCUAGCUGGCAUGGCUGCAGAUUUUGUGUUUACUAGCCUUCUGUUGGACAUUUUAGCUUUAUUUGAAUAGAAAAGAAACAGACUUUACUUCUGGUUCUCUGAUGCCAGGUCAGUUACUUCCACCAUCUUUUUUUAUGGGCCUGUCAUUACACUGUUCUUGUUUUUAUAUGCUCGUGUCCAUGUUGCUCUUGUCGCAGCGCCAAGUUCAGCAGUAAGAUUAAGUAUGUGAGCAGCCUGGAUGAGCUGCAGGAACUCAUCCCCAUGGAUAGCAUCCAGAUCCCAGAGUGUAUCAUUAGGUGAGUCCCCUACAAGUGCCUGAAUGAUGCACCCUCUGUCAACCUCCACCAAGUAUAAACUACCUUUCCAAAUGACUUUAUAUUCAUCUUGCCAUUUGAACUCUCACCUCCAGACUUGACAAGCAGCUGAAGGAAGCCGCAGAGAACUCAAAGUAAGUAACGACUCUCCUGCCUCUCAUUACAACCCUCAGUGGAGCCAGCAGGCCCUCAGUUUUAUCCUUGGCUGGAGUGUUUAUUUAUCAGAUGGCUCACUUUAAGAUCACAGAGACUUCUCUGUUGGACGAGGACCAAUUAAAUUUGGCUACGGAUGCAAUUACAAAAGUUGCUUAAGAUGCUAAUGCAUUGCUUUCAUCUCAUAUAUCAUAACUAUUAAAUAAAUGAGCGUCUUUAUUGCAGUGAUCUAUUACUGUGAUAAUAAAUGGUUGAAACAUUGAAUUCAUGCUAAUCUCUUGCUAAUUCACAAUAUUUAUGGUGGACAACUUUCCAGAUUUAAUGUCCUUAAUUAGAGGUUGAAAUGUGCUGUACAAAGUCACCACUCUUUGUCCUAAAGAUUUAAUAAUCAGGGUGUUUGACCUAUUAAAUAUCUGCAGUUUUGAAAAGCUCAGAAACAACUAGGCUAUCAGUUGUUGGAAGAAAAUUUAGCUCCAGUGGAUAUAAAAAGUCUACACACCCCUGUUCAACUGGUUUUUAUCAUGUAAAAAAAUUAAAUCAGGAUAAAUAAUUUUGUAACUUCUUCCACCUUUAAUGUGACCUAUAACCUGUACAACACAAUUGAAAAACAAACAGAAAUCUUUCAGGGAGGUGAAGUAAAAAUUAACAACUGAGAUCAUGUGGUUGUUUAAGUGUGCACACCCUUUAAUAACUGGGGAUGUGGCUGUGUUCAGAUUUAACCAAUAACAUUCAAACUCAGGUUAAAUUGGAGUUAGCACACACCUGUCACCAAUUUAAGUGCCUCUGAUCAACCCCAAAUAAAGUUCAGCUGUUCCAGUAGCUUUUCCUGACAUUUUUGUAGCCACAUCUUUCAGCACAAGCCAUGGUCCACAGAGAGCUUCCAAAGCAUCAGAGGGAUCUCAUUAUUCAAAGAUAUCAGUCAGGUGAGGGCUACAAAAGAAUUUCCAAGCAAUUAAACAUACCAUGAAACUCAGUGAAAACCGUCAUCAAGUGGAGAAAAUAUGGCAAAAUAUUGACAUUACCAAGAACAGGACGUCCGUCCAAAAUUGAUGAUAAGACAAGAAGAAAACUGGUCAGGGAGGCUACCAAGAGGCCAACAGCAACACUGAAGGAGCUGCAGGCAUUUCUGGCAAGUACUGGCUGUGCAGUACAUGUGACGACAACCUCCUGCUGUCUUCAUAUGUCUGGGCUAUGGGGUAGGGUGGCAAGAUGGAAGACAUCGAGGCCCGGCUUAAUUUUGCAAAAAAGACAUCUGAAAUCUCCCAAAUGCAUGUGUUAUGGUCUGAUGAAACCAAAGUUGAACUUUUUGGGCAUCGUUGCAAAAGGUAUAUUUGGCGCAAAAUCAACACUGCUCAUCACCAAAAGAACACCAUACGCACAGUGAAGCAUGGUCGUGGCAGCAUCAUGCUUUUUGGGCUGUUUUUCUUCAGCUGGAACUGGUGCCUUAGUCAGGGUGGAGGGGAUCAUGUGCAGUUCCAAAUAUCAGUCAGUGUUGGCACAAAACCUUCGGCCUUCUGCUGGAAAGCUGAAGAUGAAGAGGAACUUUAAUAAUAAUAAUAAUAAUAAUAAUAGAUUUUAUUUGUAACACACUUUACAUUUAAAAACAAAUCUCAAAGUGCACAACAAGACAACAAUAACAGUAAAAACCAAGCAACAGGGCAAAACAAUAAAAAACAGUCAGCAGAUAAAAUCAGAUAAAAUUAGUCCGGGUAGGCUUUCCGAAAGAGGAAGGUUUUGAGUCCUUUUUUAAAAGCAUCCACCGACACUUUAUCUUUCAGCACGACAAUGACCCAAAGCACACAUCUAAAUCAACAAAAGACUGGCUUCACCAGAAUAAGAUUGAGACUUUGGAAUGGACCAGCCAGAGUCGAGACCUGAAUCCCAUCGAACAUUUUUGGGUGAACAGGGGUGUAUAGACUUUUUGUAUCCACUGUACACGUUCCGACCUUUGACCCAGACACGUGAAAAACUGUUUCAUGUGGGAGAGAUGGUUUUCUCUCCCACACCAGUAAAGAAACAAUGAGCAAACCAACACAACAGUGAAUUAUUCUCCAAUCUCAAAAAGUUGAAACUGUUUUAGUGCACUGGGAUUCCAUCCUCAUUUGUUCAUCAAAUUACUUCAAUGUCAAACAGCUGGUGUCAUCAGCACAGCUCACUAAACAGGUAUUUGCUGGAUGCCAGAAGGGAGAAGUGCCCAUCUUGGUUGCUGUAACACACAGUGCUCGAUGACUCUCGGUAACUCCCUUUAAUUUCCAGUAAUUUUCGUAUCCGCCCAGAAAGUGAUUAGUUGUUUAUGUGGUGAGUCAUGCUGAUGUUGUCGUUCAUUAGUUGCAAAACUGGAAUAUAGCGUGUUCACACCCAGCACUCCAAGUGGAAGUCAACAGAAUAAACUUGAAUGUGAACUUACAAGCAAGUAGCAACACUUUGCAUACAGCUGUACAAUUUAUAGCCAUCUUUAAUAUUUUAGAACACUUUUAAAAGGUCAUGUGAGCAUGUAGUCUCAAAAAUAUUGAAUACAAUUAUGACUCAAAGCUACCAUUUUUAAUAGAAAGUUAAGGUCCUUACACACCGGGACCGACGCAAAUAUACGACGCGAAAUUACCAAAUAUUCAGAGGCAGAUUUUGACGUGCCUGAUUAUACACAUCAAGCCCGAUGCGAUUUUGCGACUUUCUGGGGUGAAAAAAGACGCGUCCCGGGUCAAAGCGAGAAGACUGACACAAAACCAGACUGACUGUUUUUCAGUUCUGAUUAGACACUAGUGUUGAGAUGUCUGUCUGUCAUGAUAGCAUGUACUGAGUCAGGGCCAGUACCAGAUAAGCACAUUAAACUAUAAUCCAUAAACAUAAGGUAACAACUGAGACCUAAUGGUGCUGUGACAGCAACGCGGUUGAGUUUGAGACAGUGAAAAUAAAUAUGGUAUGUUGUAUCUGAACAGGUUAGCUUACGAGCUAAAGUUACUUAGCACAGAUGAAAGUUAAAACAAAGACGUUUAGCAAACUGUUAAAGCACACAAACCAUCGUCAUAUGAGAAAUCUGAUUCUAUGACUCUCCACGAGUUGUCCUUCAGGUCGUUCUCUUUGUAAUGUUUGUGUCUUUUAUCAAAAAGCACUCUGUUCUCCGACACGUAAACAAUCAGCCGGUCAGCCAUGUUGGAUAUACCGGUGAAUCAGAUGUCGCAACAACACGCAAUCUGAUUGGUCAGACGUGGACGCACAGUAUGCGAAAUUUAAGAAAAAUUGACCGUGAUCCGAGCCCAAAAACAGGUCAGUCAGGGAUUAUCAGAUAUUUUGCUCUCAGUUCUGACUUCAUAACCCAGCAGUGAAGCAACAUUUGAGCUUUCCACCUGUAAGUGUAAAUGGCUGCUGUAUAAAUAAGUUUAACUGCGCCUUAAUUCACAAGUUGCAUGUGUUUACAUUUGAAAUAUACCUGUGCAUUAAAACGAUAAAUCCUGAAUUAACUACCCUUCAUUUUUUUUCCUUUCAUUCAAGAGUCAAUAGCUUUCUGCUGGGACCAGAGCCAACAGCCACAGCAGCAGCAGCCGCAGGAGGCAGAACGGAGUAAGUCCUCGCAGACGUUUAAAUUCACACACAGAAGAGUAAUGGCCUGGUGUCAGCAGUCUGUCACCCAUACAUAAACAUACCCGUCUUUAAUGUCUCUGUUUUGUUCUCUUUCGUCUUCGCAGCAGGCAAGACACAGCCGGUGCCAGCAGCUCUUAAACCCAAACAUCCAAAAUGGAUGGGUCACCUCAAUGUUCAGAAGUCACUGUUGUAUUUUACGGGUGAAGCUGGAAGGCUUGUAGUGUGUGUGCGUGCGUGUGUGUGUGUGUGUGUGCGUGUGUGUUUCAGAGGUUGCCAAUAAGUCACUGAAGUUUAAUAUGAAAACGUACAAUCUCCUUCUUUACAGCUGCUGUAGCAUCUUCUGUACCUAAACUUACAAUCCAGAGAACUAUCAAGUCAAGGGUGAUGCUCAGCAGCAUCUCCAGAGCAGCAUCACAGUUCAUGGUAGGGUAGGAAAUGCAAUUAUACACCAGACAGUGCACUGCGCAAAAUCCAUUUUAUAGAGUCGAUAGUGUUUGUAGCUGUGUGCAUGAGAAGCAGUGAAGCAAUAAUAUCAUCCUUUACUGGUCACGCGCACUCAGUAUUCCUGAUAAACAAGCAACCUGUGUGUCAGCAACUUACAAUAAAAACACAAGGUUUUUUUGCCAAAAGAAAAAGAAAACCUUGUGCCAGAAAAGACCAAGUAUUGCACUUAAGCAAUCAUAUCCUCUGUCUUACUCACAAAUUGUUCUUAAACUGGGAAAUAAUAGUAGAAAUUUAAUCUUUAUAGAGUCUAUGAAACCAAGAGAGGAUAGGUUAAGUAUAAAGUUUUAAGUGCAAUGUCAGAGCAUAUCUUUUUAGAUUCACAAAUGUGUGUUUGUGUGUGUUUUCAGUCUGUCAAAUACAUAAACACGUGUUCAGCUUUUCUUGGUUCAUCAGGAUGAAGCCCCACAAGAGCAAAACGGGGUUUCUGUAAAGCACAAUAUCGUCUGUGUGUGUGUGUGUGUGUGAGUGUAUGUUCACACGCAUGUGUGUGUUUGUGCAUCUGUGCAUGUCCUCUCAUAGAUAAGUGAUACUCCUCUUACACAUGAGUGUUUGUCCGUGGUGUACUGAGGAUGUUCAGAGAAGUUAUGGAUCACUGUCUAGUUAUUCAAUAAACAUUGACUGAAGUCCGAA